UGAGGAGGCUUUCCCAUAGUAGCUUUUGGCUCUGCAGGGUGGGCCCCAUACGAGUAGCGUAUAAGCAAUGUUUGGUGAAAAGUCUAGAAUGCCCAAAUUUAUUGUCCUUCUUUAGCAAAAAAAAAACCUUUUUUGUAAAGCUUAUUUUAGUGGUUUUACCAAAGGAGAUCAAUGAAAAGCAUCUCAACUAGAACUUUAACCCUCCUAAACAGACCAAUAAUAUCAAUUUUAAAGCAUCCUACUGUAGAUGUUACACUUUGUAUAGAACUUUAGUUUCUCAAUUGCAAUUGGACAUUUAAUUCAAAUACUUUCUGUUGAUGGAUUAUACAGAUGGUUGUAUUAAGGGUGCCAUUGCAUUGCAAUGGUUGUGCAAGAAAAGUUGAGAAACACAUCUCCAAGAUGAGAGGUAUUGUAACCUCCUAUCAGGUGGACUUGGAGAACAAGGAAGUGGUUGUAACAGGGGAUGCUCUUCCCUUUGAGGUGUUAGAGAGUGUCUCAAAGGUCAAGAAUGCAGAGCUUUGGGAGUUCUCCUGAUUGAAAGAUCAUACCAAAAAGAAAUUAUAUACUCAGUUAAUAUUGACUCACUUGGAAAUUAAUUUGGUGGGUUCCCAUUCACUAGGCUUUAGAUGGGCAAAGUAUAGAUAGAAAGGCAAACAAGGCUGUGAGGAUUAAUCAAGUUCAGUAGUUUGUAAACACAAUGUCUCUCCUUCCAUGUAAGCUUUGCACUGAUUUGUGUGCUUACUAUGUGUUGUACUAUCUACUAACCAAACUAGUUAUUUGAUGACUAGUGCCCAAUUUUGAUGUAUUCAUUUUCACCAUUUGGCAAUGACAAUAGUGAAGUUGGAAUUGUAGCAAUUUUCCAAACCAGAGCUAUAUUAGAUCAAUGGAUGUUUGUAUAUUGAUAGAAUCAAAAUUACAGAGGUAUGUUGAACUUUUUUUUUUGUGAAGAUUUUUUUUUGUGUAUGAGGAAAGAUAAAUCUCUCUCUCUCUAGUUUUAGUUGCCUUAUCACCUAUGAUGAAUGAAUGCUUUACUUCCUUCCUCCUGCACAUGGAGGGACAUAUCCUCUGUGAAACUCUUUAGUGCUCAUGUCUUUUCUCACUACCUAAACCCACUUCCUAAUUAUCCAAGCCCCAAUAACUUGAUAUUUCCAUUUAUGAUUUCUCUUUUCUCCCUAUACCUUUCUUGUUCAGAUUCUGAGCAAAUAAUUAACAAAAUGAAUGAAAUAAGAUCACAUCAUGUCAAUUCAUUGAAUAUGCAUGUAUGCAAUCAGAACAUUAAGGAAGUUGGGCAUAUCCUUUCCAUUUGCAGUUGAUAGGUACAACUCAACUGUAAUUUUUGGGUUAUGCUAGAUUCACUGUAGAUAGAGACAACUGGAUUGUAUGAUAAAAGAAGCAAUGGGGCCAUGGCCAAAUAAUGCCAAUUAUCUACAAGGAAUUCCUGCAACUCUGUUUGAUACAGAACCCUUGAUGGAGAUUCAGACAAUCUAGCACAUUCCAGUUAAGGUUACAUACUAGAAAUCUGAUAUGUCUAGCAUUCUCAGCCUAAAGAUAUACUAACAUAUAUAAAAGACACUCCUCUAGUCAAGUGAGACGUAUCAGGCAAAUCAGAAUUUACAAAAAUCAUAUCUCUUCCCAUAGCAAAUUUCCUAAAUGGGCCAUGCAAAGGUUCUCUUAUGGAAAGGCUAUCAAGGGAUAAUAACUUAACCUCCAAGGAUCCCCUUCCAUGUCCCUUAACCAUUUAAUGGUGUUUUCUGAAUCUCCUACAUCAUAAAAGUAGCAAUUAGGUGGGUUUUCAUCAAAUUUUACAAGAGGUUUUGAUUGGUCAAAGUCUUUCUGGUAUCAUGUCUUUCCAGCACCAAGUAAUAAUAUCUCUCCCAAUUUGUGGUUAGUAUUCAGUAAUUUUCCAUGCACUCUAUUGAAAAAUUUGUCCCCAAAUUUAUGGUAAGUAUUAAGUAAUUUUCCAAUGUACCCCCUUUAUUAAAAGGUCAAAUUAAAAUUUAGAAAAAAUGACGAAGAUAUAUGUGUGGUAUUUUAUAGA